AUGAGGCCGAACACUGGUAUUUCUGACACGAUUGUAGUUACAAAAGUGACCAUUUACCUUUUUGAUCCCCAGGAAAAAGACGCAGAGAUGUCUGUGAGAAGAAGCCAGAAGAAGUCCAUCUUUCUGUCCUCAUUAUUGGUGUGUUGCAUGUUUGCCAGCGCUGAGUAUUCCAGCUGUGGAGAGUAUGAGUUCUUCAACCAGACCAGCAACAGCUGCCAGGCAUGCCCUCAGUGCCAGCCAGGACAAGAACCGCAUAUGAGCUGCGGUUAUGGUCUGAAGGAUGAGGACUUCGCCUGUGUGCCGUGCCCUCAGGGGAAAUACUCCAAAGGAAAAUACGAGAUCUGCAGACGCCAUAAAGACUGUGAUGCCCUCUACAAAGCUGCUGUUCGUGUGGCAGGAACGCCAGAGAGCGAUGCGGAGUGCGGACCCUGUCUGCCAGGGUAUUACAUGCUGAAGAACCGACCCAGAAAUCUCUACGGGAUGGUUUGCCACUCCUGCCAGAAUGCACCUCGCAACACUAAAGAAUGCAUGCAAACAAGCAAACCAGAUGGAAAACCUCUGAUUGAUGCUGGCAGCACAACAGUCUUCCCUCAUCCAAAUAAAGAUUCCACAGGACAGGGUCACCUAGCAACAGCUCUCAUUAUCGCCAUGUCAACCAUAUUCAUCAUGGCCAUUGCCAUCGUUCUCAUCAUCAUGUUUUACAUCCUGAAAGCCAAACCAAGUGCAUGUUGCUCUGGACAAGUCGUGAAAGCCGUGGAGGCUCAGACUAGCAAACAGGAAGACAAGAAAGACGUCCCUGACAAUGUAGUGAUCUUCUCAGAGAAGGAUGAAUAUGAAAAGCUGAAAGCUACUCCUCAGAAGACGGUGAAAAGUGAAAAUGACGCCUCUUCAGAGAACGAGCAGCUAUUGAGCCGCAGCAUCGACAGCGAUGAGGAGCCCACGCCGGACAAACAGGGAUCGGCAGAGACCUCCAACCCUAAUCCCAACCUGUGCCUGGUCAACCUGGGCAACAAGCCUGACCUCUGCCUGCUUUCUCUGGGACUGCUGGACCGCAGCCGUGCCUGCAAUGGCAACCCGGCCGCCGCGGCCAGCCAGGCGAACAACAACCCAAGUCCCAACCACAUCAGCAAUGUCAACCACAUUGCUGGCAGCAACCACAUCAGCAGUGUGAACGCCAUCAACAACAACAAUAAAACUCCCGGGAUGCUACAGAAUCGAAGGAAGAAAAUAUUAGAUCUGUAUGCCAGGGCCUGCAAUGUUACUGAGGGUCUGAGCCCCACAGAGCUUCCCUUUGACUGUCUGGAGAAGGCCAGCCGCAUGCUGAGCUCCUCCUACAGCAGCGAGGCGGCGGUGGUGAAGACGUGGAGACACCUGGCGGAGAGCUUUGGCCUGAAGCGCGACGAAAUCGGCGGCAUGAGCGAUGGCCUCCAGCUCUUCGAGAGAGUGAGCACGGCGGGCUACAGCAUCCCGGACCUCCUCACCCGCCUGGUGCAGAUCGAGAGACUGGACGCCGUGGAGUCGCUCUGCGCGGACGUGCUGGGAAACGGCGAGGCGGCCGGACGGCAAAGCAUCAACAGUUUUCACAGCCAGUUGGUCUGUCCCUCGCCGUGCACAUCUCCAUCCCAGCGCUGCGCCAGUGUCUAAGCGUUUGGAGGGGAAAGGUGACUUCAGAGACUCGGAGGUCUUGUGGUACACAAGUAUGUGAGGACAGAGUCUACUCUGACCAGAAGGACAGCAAACAUACAGUGUAAAUAUCACCCCCAUCACAUGAAGAAUGUCAGUGGGCUCCCGUGUCCACAAUAGCUUUCCUGACAGGAAGUUUGAAACAGUUCUACAAAAAUGCUUUCUAAGUGCUAUCAGCUUGAGAAAUGGACAAAAAAACUCAGAUUUCUAUUAUUCUCCCGUUUCCUAACCAGAUAAGUAAGCCUGUGAGAGAAUUUGGCUUUGAUUUUACCAGCAUGUUGCCAUCUCAAAAUGUGGAAAUUGUAUGGAAAUAGAAAAACAGGAAGGCCUAUGCGCUGGACGCAGCACAAUAUCAAUUCAGAUUGGGUAUUGAAUUGCAACUAGCAACUAAACUACAGCGGUUUGAAUGAAUAGCUUUUAAACUAAAAGGAUUGAGGAUGCAUCCUGCCCAUUUGCUUCCAUUUUGGCACUGCAAAACAAGUGUAAGGCCAAAGGUGAAAUGUGUUGGGAUAGGACCUUAGCUGUACUCUCAUUGAACCAUUGGGUUGGGAACAAAACCUGACAGUUCAUCCUUCUGUUGGUGUAACAAGAUGUUUUUGUCUGUGUGAAGAAAGCAAUCCGGUUUGACCACAGCAUUAGUUUAGACCCAUAACUGCUCCUUUAACACUGCUGUCAUCACUCCUAGAGAAAGCAGAUAUCAGCACCCUACUUGGAAUGCAAUGAUUGUGGCCAGCUGGAAAUACUGAAACAUCGUGGAGCUCAGCUUUCAUCCGGUAAACGUACUCGUGAACUUUGGUUAUGCACCCAUGUCUCUUGCUGAAUCUCACAAAAACGAGAAAACACAAGAGUAGAUGAGGAUAUGAUUGCUUUUAAGGACAGGAGUUUACCAUUUCGAAAUAUCUUUCAACAUACCAUAUUAUUCCAGAGUGAUGAUACAUAGACGCAGACUCACAGAAACAGAAAUCCCUGAAACCCACACAUGAAAUUUAGGCUCUGUGUUUACUGCUGGCGCAUUAAUCCUACAGCCUGAAUAGGUACAGGACUCUGCCUGAAACCACAUGUCCACUAUCCACUGUCUACAACUUAAAGGUGCAGAAUUUACACACUCUUAUUCUGCACUUCUAAGUCAGUGACCCAAGCUUAGACCCAACCCCGUAUUCCCCCCUUUAGCCCAAUUUUGCGGUCUAGUUCUGCCGCCAGCCCUAAUUAUUUGGCGUGUGGCUCUCCAUGCCCCUAAUAGGCUGAAGUGUUGUGGUUUACAGAGCGGGUGCAAAGUGCCUGUGAUUUCCACCACCUAAUUAAGCAUUUAGGGCUCCUUAACUGCUUAAAGCCCAGUGGAAAAGCCAUAAAAAAAACUCACAUUAAAAAGAGCGUUGCCAGGACAGAUGAAUAACUAGCUGCCCCCGGGGCUGCUGCACUGUGAACGCCAGUCGUGGCGGAGCUAGUGCUACGGUUGUUCUACCAUGUCUGCUCUUAUUCAGCUUUUGUGGUCGGCUCACUCAUGCUCAGACAGGAUUUAGCCCCCCACCUCAUCACCACCCUUCCCCAUGGGACCAAUAGACUAAACAAGAACAGUAUGCAGUUGUGUGAGUUCUGAAAGGCAGCUGAAGCCGGUUAGGUAUUGUACGCUAGGUUCCAGAAAGCGUAGCUCUGAUAAGCUGAGGAUUCUUCCUAUCGGUGUUCACUUUAACUCCAUCAACUGUGAGGAUGUUCACUGCUAAUGAGUUUGAGCAAUGCCAAGUCUCACUUUGAUCUUCUUUUCGUGAAGAGGACCAAUCUUAAUCUGAUGCAGUCCGCAUAAUGGUCCAUAACUGCUCUGCAGAGAAGUUUUCUACCCAAUGCCUUUUGGUCAUAUCUCACAUUGCAAUCUGGGGCUGGACUCCAGCACUUUAAAUUAAUUAAUGCACAUGUGUGUCAACGGAAUAUCUAUGUACAGAUUUUUUUUUUUUGCCUCUGAUCUCAAGCUCCAAUUUAGAUAUAUAGUCUUCGAAGACCAGUGUUGUCUACAAACCAUGUCUAUGAUUUUCUAUUUGUGUGCUUAUACAGGUUUUUAUGACAGCAUGAGCUGAGAGAGCUCAAAUGAAACUGAGCUUUUCUCCAGGCAUGUGAGAGUUUUAUCUGACAUAUAUUAUGCUGAUAUGAUAGUACACAGAAGCCAAACACGAUUUACUUACCUCAGUAGGGCACACAAUACAGUUUAGUACACGUAGAAAACACACAAGCUCUUCAACAAAGUGUAACUGUAUAUAUAAGUUAUUAUUGUACAUAAAGUAUACCUUAAUAAAGAUGUAUGGUG